GAGGAAGCCCGACCGGCCGUGACGCCGAAAGUUGUGAUUAAAUAGUUAAAAAAAACGGCAAUCUCUCAUUCAAUCUCCGUGAAAGAGCCUUUAAGUCCUGUUACUAGGCUGUAACUAAGAAUUUGCCAUCGCAAAGGAGGGCUUUCAGAAUCCCUCCUAUUCCCGAGCAACCAGAAGGCAGCAACAUUUCAUUAGAGGAAGCGGGUGAAUUUUCACUACCACAAUCAUGGAAUCCGUUGCUAAAGAAGUCAUCUGCUAUUCGUGGCGUGAGAUCCAGCGGAAUAAAGAAAUCCCGAUGCUCUUUGCAAAAGAUGGAAAAUUCAUGUUUAAAACAGGAAACUUAUCCAUUACUGAGCCCGGUGAUGGAAUCAGAAUUGCUACUCGAGCCCUGGCCCCCCCUAAAGAAUUCCAAAGGCAGUACUCCCAUGGUUUCUACCCCCUCGUUUUGGAAAGAAGAUUUUCAGGACUUAAGCGACUGGUGCGUGGACCCGCAAAGUAUAAGCCGGUUCAAUAUACCACGUUCUCCUCAAGGACAACGCGAUUAUCCUAUAGGUGAAGAUAUUAAGACGAAGAUUUCAGGUGUGAAAGAUAAUUAUUACAAUUUAUCUAAUAUAAAAUCAGAAUUUGGAGAAAGCACGGAAAUAAGUGACAGCUGGACUGUAAAAAAUAACAUCGAAUCUGCAGAGAUGUCCUUCGGAGGGUCUCAGCCCUUGGGGCAAGACCAAUUUAAUACCACAAUGGACAUAUCAAAUGUUUGGAUGGAUUUGACACCAGCAACGAAUACAUAUGAACAGCAAGCCGCAAAUAGUACAAAGUUUAUUCCAAACAUAAACAAAAGCAUACCAGAUUCAAGCUUUGAAAUGAACGGAGAAAACUUCGAUAAUUGGUUUCCAAUAACCACAAAUGUUGGCGACUUUCCAUGCAACGAUUUAGUAAACAUCAAUCAACCCAACUAUAAUCCUACGACCUUAGACAAUUAUCAAUCAACUUCUGCUAAUUCCACUGUUGAAGAACAAGAAACGCAACUACUGGCAGAUAAUUUAUUAACAGAUCUUGAAUUUCAAUCAUUCGAUCUGUUAACAUAUGUUUGCGAAGAAAACGGACAAUCACUCAUGAACAAAUCAGAAACCACCGCAUCAGAAAUUGUCGAACCAUCCCAAGUUGUGAAUACUAACAAACGCAAGUCGAGCAAAGAAAAUAAAUCCAUUCAUGUCAAAGCAAAAACUGAACCUGUUGUACCACCGCUCAAGAUUAGUUUAAAAGCCACAAAAUCGCCAAUAAAAAAACGAAGGAUAUCUAAAGAUGUAGAUCAAGAAAGUGGAAAUUACACAGAUACUGACUCAGAUUCACAGACAUCAGAUUAUAGCUACAGAGAAUUACGAGAAAAAAAUAACAAAGCUUCAAGAAAGUCUAGAAUCAACAAAAAAGUGAAAGAAGCAGAAAUGAUGAAGAAAGCAAACGAUUUGGAGAAAGCCAACGCAAUUUUGAAAAUGAAAGCAAAAGAAUUGGAAAAACUAGUAAUAGCCAUGCGGGAAACGUUGCUGCAACUUGCAUUGAAGAAGGAAUCUUAAAAGUCUCAGUACUGGACAAUACGUAAUAAAAACACGUGUGAGUUAUCCAAAUUUUACGAGGGAGAAAAUUGAAAAAGAAAAAAAAAUUAUACAUAUAUAUAUACAUAUAUAUACACAUAUAAACGUGACUUGCCAUGAUUUAGUUUUAAUAAAAGGGUUUAUGAGUUAAUUAUGGUUCAAAUAACAUUAAAUGAUAAUCCGAGAAUAAUCUUACUAACACAUUGUAAAAUCUCAGUAAAAACACAAAAUUUUGGCACACUAAAAGCAAUAAAUUGCUUGUCUGUAUAUCAAUUCACAUGCCACAUUUAUUAGCUAUAAAUAAAUACCUAGUUUUAUCAAUCAAUUAUUCAAAAUCAGAUUCGUGCAACAUUUAAGUUAGUACAUGAUCAAACAAAAUUAGAUGUGCAAGUAUACAUACGGCACUCACUUUUACACAUAUGCAAAUUUUGUAAAAUUACAAAAAAAAAAACUACAUGAUUUUAUGGGUACUGGUUGUUUUAAUGUGUUUAACAUCACAAUUUAUCAUGUAUUCGUAUUAACAAGUUACAAUAAAAAAUAUUGCACCUAA